CUGUCUUUCAGUCAAUCUCUUUUUAACGCUGUCAGUUUUGUUUGACAGCCUCAUUGGCCGUAGCUGAAAAGUGUUUAUGUUUUUACCUAUUUACAGAGAGAAAUAGUAUAUUACAAAGCAAUCAUGAAACCGAUUAUGUUGCAUGGGCACGAACGUGCUAUCACUCAAAUCAAGUACAACAGGGAAGGUGAUCUUCUGUUCUCUGCAUCGAAAGGCAACAAACCCAACGUUUGGUACUCUUUGAAUGGUGAGAGGCUGGGCACUUUCAAUGGCCAUCAAGGUGCUAUCUGGUGCAUCGACGUUGACUGGAUGACGUCCAAGUUCAUGUCCGGAGCAGGAGACAACAGUCUGAAGUUGUGGGAUUGUCAGACCGGCAAGGAGAUUGCUAGCAUCAGCACAAACUCCUCGGUGAGGACAUGCAACUUCAGUUACUCCGCUAAUAUGGCAGCUUACUGUACUGACAAAGCUUUGAAACACAUGUGCGAAAUGUUCAUCGUUGAUACGAGGAUAGUGGACGAUAGUUUGGGCAGUGCUGAACCAAUCCUGAGGAUCCCCAUUAACGGACCUAGAGUGUCCUCUUUGCUGUGGGGAGCUCUGGAUGAAACUCUCCUGACUGGUCAUGAAAAUGGAGAAAUUAUUCAAUGGGAUCUUAAAAUGGGAAAGAAACUGAACUCGACCAAGAAACACACUCAUUUGAUUAACGAUAUGCAAAUGUCUGGGAACGGAUCCAUGUUCAUCACAGCGUCCAAGGAUCACACCGCCAAGUUGUUUGAUUCUGAUGAUUUGCAAUGUUUGAAAACCUACAAAACCGAGCGUCCAGUAAACUCUGCUGCUAUCUCACCAAUUUUGGAACAUGUAGUAUUGGGUGGUGGUCAAGAUGCUAUGGAUGUAACGACUACUUCAGCGCGCGUAGGAAAGUUCGACUCCAGAUUCUUCCAUAUGGUCUUCGAGGAGGAAUUCGGAAAGGUCAAGGGACAUUUCGGUCCUAUCAACAGCGUGGCCUUCCAUCCAGACGGUAAAAGUUACAGCUCAGGCGGUGAGGACGGUUACGUUAGGAUACAUAGCUUCGAUCAAUCCUAUUUCGAAUACGCGUUCGAUUAUUAAAUUAAAUGUGCAAAGUUUUAUGUACUAAAAAAACGUUUUUCGUAUUAAAAAUGUACCCACUAAGAAAGAGCCAAA